AUGCGGCCGUCUUAUGUUAUAUUGCUAUCCCUCUUGGGUGGUGUAAUCCCCUUGGGGGCGUCUAAUCCCGAUAAUGCUCUACAGAAACGGCAAGACACAGCAACUACUGGUAGCGGAACAAGUUUCCCCAGCCUGACAACCGAUUCACCAAUUGCGUCGACCGAAUCCGCCUCUUCGACAAGUGAGGCUGUUACCUCGGAGAGUGCCAGGUCAACUGGAGAUACUGAUCCCUCGCGAGAGACUGCUACAUCAUCUGAGCAGCGUUCGACUACGGCCUCCCGCUCUUCAUCGACGACAUCACCAAGUCCUACUGCGGACGACUUCGUGGCAAGCAAUGGGACCGACACUUCAGGUGAUGCGAAGCAGGAAGAUAACUUGCCAUGGGAACCCACAAUUACUCCAGCAUUAGGAAUCGCCGGAGUGUUUCUCAUCGUUCUGGGCUCGAUUUAUGCUCUAAUAGGUGUCAAGAGCAGAUGGGUUCAGAUCUUCUUGUCCACUGGCUUCCUUGCGAGUACUGCAACCGCGGCACUCGUAGAGUAUGUCAUGCAUCCACCGGUCACGAACGCUAUCCAAGGAGGAUUCUUUGUCGCUAUUUUUAUGACUGGACUUGUCUUUGGGGCCGGAGCUCUAGUUUUCAAAGAAUUCACAGAAGGAUUUGGUUGUCUUCUCGGCGGCUUCAGCUUUAGUAUGUGGCUGCUGACUCUGAAAGCGGGAGGUCUCAUCACCAAUCCUGUUGGAAAGGGCGUCUUUAUCGGCGUCUUCUGCAUACUUGCAUGGGCGCUUUCCUUCAGCUCAUACACCCGCCCGUAUGCCUUGAUCGGGUCGACGUCCUUCAGCGGCGCAACUGCCUUUGUCCUUGGCAUCGACUGUUUCACCAGGGCAGGAAUGAAGGAGUUUUGGUUUUACAUCUGGGAUCUUAACGAUGAUCUCUUUCCGUUAGACACUACGUUUCCGCUCACAAAGGGCAUGCGAGUGGAGAUCGCUGUAAUCAUCAUUGGUACCAUCAUCGGCGUCCUCUCGCAGAUCAAGUUAUGGAAGGUCAUCAAAACCAAAGAGAAGGUGGUGGAAGCAAAUCAGCAAGAAGUUGAUCGACAACAGGAGGCCAUCGACGCCGCCUUAGGACUACAUCUGCAGCGACAGAACGAUCGCGAGAAGUCUCAAUGGGAAAAACAAUACGGUGAUAGGCUACAAAGCAAGCGCAACACUGUCCUUUGGCAGGAUGCACAUCCCGAAAAGAGGUACUCAAGUGUCUCGGUCGUUCCAGUCCAGCCUGUUUCUGCGCCAACAGACAGCUUGGAGAUGAAUGUCUAUACACCUCGGAGAAUCUCUGGGUAUGGAUCCAAGAACAAACGACAAAGCUCAGUCGCCGUCGAUGUAAUUGAAGAAAUCGAGGAAGAUCCUGUGGUGGUCGCGGAGACCGAGCGUCGGAAAGCUCUGCAGGCUCUUGAAGAGGUUGACAUCUCGGCCGAGGCUGCUCCUUCAAAAGACGACCAAAAAGCAAGAGGUUUUUCCACGGCGAAAUCGACGAACUAUAAAUCGCUUGCUGGCGAGGAGCCGACUGACACAGGGAAGAGUAGUGAUCCGAACGCUCAAAAGAGACAGUCUCAACAACUACUACCGCGCCUGUCGAAGCGUCUCAGCCAGCCUAACAUAGGUCCAUCAGAGUCAAAUGAAAAUCUCCUCGAGACCGAAAGACCCUACAGUAGGGCAUCUUCAGUAGCCGCAACUAUGGAUGGAGCCAAUGAGGAGCUCGACCUACCAGCACUUGAGAACGGGGAAGAUGAUGUACCGAUGCCACCGGAAAUCGUGAUCUCUCCAGUUGGAUCGGACACCGGAGAAUCACGAAACAUCGGCCUUCACCUACCCACGGAAAGCUCAAAAUUUUCUAGCCACUUGCCGGAGGCUGCUGAGUUGGCUUCUGACUCAACGGCCUUGAACGACGGCUUGGGAUCGAGCAAUGUCUCCUCGACAGAAGGGGUAGACAAGGACGCGCCGCGAAGCCACAAAGACUACUCACAAUCACAGACAACUGGAAGCUCGAACUCUAGCGCCGAUAGUUUAACUGCUCUGGCUCUUGCUCAAGUGCCAAGCCAACUGUCGAAUGUCGUGUUAUCCUAUCGAACAAAUGAAUGGGCGAAGCACAUCAGUGUUGCUGAAGUCCCGGUUUGUGAUGAACCUGAACCCAUUGACGGAAAUGAUGAGGAGUUACCAACCCAACUAGCCAGACCGAUCCCUGAAGCGGAGAAAACAUUUGAGCCCAAUGUCCCUGCUGUCGAGGUACCUCAAGCAGAGAUGCUCCCACCGUCUGUGAAAGCUAAUAACGGAGGAGUUGGUAUUGCCGCGAGUCCAACCUUCUCUCAGAGAUCUUUCUCCGACCCAGAUCGGCGCAAGAGCACGACUAUAAAAACCCCCUCAAGGACCGGAUCCAUGCAAUCGUUGAAGUUGCCCGGACACAGGAAUAGCAGAAAUAGCUUCGACCCCGGUUCCACUACCUCAUUAGUCACAACCCCAAUCGAUGAGAAUGUGCCUACAGUCUUCGCUGCCCACAGAAGACCAGAACGACGAGUAUCCAACGGUUCGUACAUGCAACCAAACCGAAUAUCGUCCACAUCUUCCUUGACAGGGCCAAGCGCUCCACGCCCACACACAUCCCGAACCGCCACGUCUCCCUAUCCCAACAACACCAGCACGGCCAGCCUCCCAUACUCCAUUAGGCCUUCGAGCCAACAAGCACCAAUGCAGAUGGGAACACGACUUGACUCGUAUGACUCGCGACAGCCGUCAUGGUCGGGUAACCGAAACAACAACGAACGCAGGGAAUCCUUGCUCGCAGAAUGGCGGCUCUCUCAGCAACAGCGUGCAACCAAUCAGGGUAUCAGUGGCACAGCUGUCGACACCGGGCGGGCCCAAAUGCAAGCGGAGCGAGAGACCAGGCGUAUAGCCGAUGAAUACCUGAAGCGCGAGCAGCAACGCAAGCAACAGACAAUGGAUCAAGUCAUGAGACGGCCCGAUAUGCAGGACGCACACCGUGAAGCCAUGCGAAGGAUGCAGGCCAACGCCAACAAUACCCUCCGUAACUCCUCUGCCUAA